AUGCAGUACGUUGGCUCGCCGCAGACCACGUUCCGGUUCGGGUCCACCCCGACCCGGUCCAUGUCCAUCUCCUCGCUGGCGUCCAUGGCGGAGAGCGCCGAGGAGCCCGAGGACGGCGACCACGGCGAGACCGCCGCGCACUACUUCAGCCGAAGGUUCAGCGUCGGGUCGUUCCACCAGAGGCGUCGUUCGGGGUCCGUGCAGUCGCUCUCGUCCAUGGACGGCGCCCGCGCGGGCAGCGUGGGGAACAGCCUGAGCAUCCUCGGGUCCAGCGCGGAGGGACACCACAGGGCCCGGCCCCCGCGCCCGGGCCGCGCCCAAUCCGCGCGAGGCGGGAUGCUCAGCGAGAGCCUCGGCCGGCAGCACUCCAGCCGGAGCGUCUCGCAGUCGCCCACGUCGUCUAACCCCACGUCCCCGCAUCACUCCAACGUCAACCUCCCGCACGUCGCCGGCCACCCCCGCGCGGCGCCCUUCGAGCGGCGGUCGUCCUUGGGACGCGCGGGGUACUCGCCGGAGACUCGAGUCGUGGGUUUCGGCGCGGGAUCGACGAUUACAACGUCCCCGGGCCGGUCGCUUAACGCGGAGGAGGCGGAGACGACGCGGGCGCAGCGGGCGUACCUCGGCGCGUCCGACGACGGGGACGGGGACGGGGACGGGGACGGGGACGAAGAGUCGGCACCCGGGUCCCACGGCGGAGGAGGAAGGGGAAAGGGAAAGAGAGCGCGGGGAGGGGACGACGUGAACUCCGUACAUUCCGACGCCGAAGCGACGGACUCGCCGAUGAACGACGACGCGUACGAGACGGCGUCGGACUUUUUCCCGCAGCCGAGCGUCAAAUCCGCGGGCGCCUUGGUGUCGCUGCUGCACUGCGUGUCGUUCACCAGCGCGCUGAUCAUCGCCGCGCCGCUCCCGCUUCUGCCGCGAGCCGUGGACCACCUCGGGUACGGGCCCGGGUGGACGGGCGCGAUCUUCGGCGCCUUCGCGGUGGGCACCGUGGCCGCGACCAAGGCGUUCAACAGCUUCACCAACGCCGACGGCGGGCGCGCGGCGCUGAUGAUCGUCGGCCUCUUCCUGCAGGGCGCCGCGGGGAUGCUCUUCGGGGUGGCCGGGGAGCUGGGUUUCUCGGACCCCGCCGACGUCUUGUGCAUGUUCUUCGCGUGCAGAGCGUUGGUGGGCGUCGGGGUGGCGACGACGCACCUCGCGGUGUACGCCGCCAUCAACGGGAGCAUGGGAUCCGACCCGGCGCGGUUGAAGCGGACGCUCAAGGUGAACGAGUUGUUCGUGGCGUUGGGGUUCGCGGCGGCCGGGCCGUUGGUGUCGUGGCUAUCAAUCGUCGGAGACUCGUAUGACGCCGGAGCAUCCGGAGCAUCCGGAGACUCGAACAACACCGGAGCAUCCGCCGCCGGCUCGGGAACGACUCUCGGCGGGAACAACCCCAACGGGAGCGCGACGUACCUCGGCAUGGGCGGGUUCAGGCUUCCGUUCCAGGUGACGGGUUUUUUGGUGCUGGGUAACGCGGUGUGGCUGGCGGGGGACCCCGGGUGCCUCGCCGCGGGCACCAGGCGCGAGUGGCUGGACGCGCUCUUGGACGAGGAAUUCGAGAGCGUCGAGGCUCGAGCCGCGGAGCUCAGCGCAGACAGGGCGGAGCGGGGCGAGGGGGGUGCCGAUGGGGGUGCCGAGUCGAUCGGACGACGCGACGGCGGCGGCGGGAGGGACGCCGGGACGGAAGUCUCGACGGAGAACGCGGUGACGUCGCGGCGCCGACUCCUCGGCUCUCCUCGACUCGUCGCCGUCGGCGGCGCCCUAUUCCUCGCGUGCGUCGCCUUCGGCUUCGUCCAGCCGAUGCUCUCGCUGUACCUCGUGGACCACCGGGGGUUCGACGCGAUGGAGAACGGAUGGGCACAGUUCGCCGUGGCGGGCGGGUACUUGGUCGGCCUCCUCGCCGCCGACGUCGAGCGCGAGCGCGAUUGGAUCUCCGCCGAGACGCUAACCGCGGCGGGCGUCUUCGUCGCCGGAUGUUCCGUCGCGGCAAUCGGCGCGGCGGACGCCCUCUCCGACGUGACGCUCUUCGUGACGCUCGCCGUCUUUGGCGUCGCGAACGCGCACGUUCUCGCGCCCGCGCUCGAGGGGAUGAAACGGGCUGCGUCCGACGCGAUGGGUCCCGGCGCCGCCGUCACCGAGGGCGCGGUUCGGCUGUACAACGUGUUCCAGGACGCCGGACAGGUGUUGGGGCCGUUGGUGGGGGGUUUGGCGUGCGCGGGCGCGGGGUUCGAGGGGGCGGCGGGAGUGCUGGGCGCGGCGGUGUGCCUCUACGGCGUGCUCGCGUUGAGCUACGCGGCGUCGCGGGCUCGGCCGGCGUCGCUGGACGGGGGCCCGGCGGGAGUCGGUCCCGUAACGGCUGUAACGGCGAGCCGGCGGCUUCCCCGGCCCGCAAAGUCGGAUGCUUCCCUCGACGAGCGCCUGCUCGGGUACGACUACGACGGGAGCGCGGAGUCGAGCAUGAGCUAA